UCGAAUGAUAUAUGUUUUGAAAGUUUUCGUUGAUUUUCAUUUUUUUGGAGAAAAUCUUAGUAAUUUUGCGACGCGAAAAUUCGAAGAAAACAAGAGUAGUCGGAAAGAAUAAAAAGGUAUACCACUCGACUCGGUUUUCGGCGCUGACUCCGAAUAUGAUACUUUUAUUACAUAAAAGGUGAGUUUUGGUGAAGAAAAUUGAGAAUUACGGGCUGAUUUCCGAUUUUUUUCGGUCCUGAUGUAGAAAAAGUGAAAUUUCUCUGCAGUAAAGAGGAAUUUCAAAAAAAGCUCUACAUAUUUUUAGAACUCAUCCUGUGCUCCAUCCAAUGACGUGUGAAUCUAAGGCCUAGCUCUUUACAUAAAAAAGUCUUAGCAUUUUUGAACAACGGGUGUUGGUUCCUGAGCCAUAGACGUUUCAACGCUUCCCAAAAUUUCAGCUUUGGGUUGAAAGAUUUGAAACUAACUUGACUAGAUUCAGUUUUCAAGAAGGAAUGCAAAUAUAUCAAGCUCAAGCCUCUAGCAUAUUUUGGAAAAGUUCUGAAACUUUUUCCUGUAACAAGCAAUUUUUGAGAUUUUGAGUGGUUCUCAGUAUUUUGCAAUUUUCUCUAUGACGGAAUGGUAGAAUCGAGCUGGUAUGGUGAGAUUCGUGAUUCUCGUAUCGUGGGCAAUCGGAAUAUGUGUGAUAUGUUCGAAAAACAAAUCUCUCUUGAAGUUUGCUUUGCGUGUGCAUCUUAGAUAGAAAUGUAGUUUCUAUUUUGAAUUAUUUUCAGGUAACUUGAUGAAUACUUUUUCUGUGAAAAACUCAGAUUGCUUUCCUUCCCUGUUACUGGUGAAAACAUUCAUCACGACAAAUGUGGAAGGCUUUCUUUACACGGGAAUGUUCAUUCACUUUUUCCUUAAAAUCUACGUGAUUAUAGAUUACUUUUGAUGCCGAUCAUGAAUAUAGCGUCCCACCGACUCUUGUAGCUUUUAGUGGGGCACUGGGAAACUGAUCUUCAAACAUCUACUUCCAUGUUGAACAAAUUCCGAUUCGUUCACGCUGUAGACCUCGUCGAGUUACUUGAAGAAAGUGCGCCUACUGGAAAAGCCACAAGAGCUGGACGGAGAAUAUAUUCGUGCUCAUAAAACUCCAAAAUUAAUCUAACUUUCAACAGAAAAAAAGUUUCUGUUAGAAUGAGGCUCAUAUCAGAACACAAAAGCCAAACAGUUUUUUUAUCAUGAAGUUGCGUAAAGAAAGAAGAGAGUCGAACUAGUGUCUUCUCGAUUCAUUCAUAAUUGAUUUUGUAAAAUUAAAGAGCAUCAAAAACAAUAUCAAAAGUGAAAAGUAAUUAGAGACGAAUUGGCGCUAAAAUAUCGACCGCAAUGUCUAAUUAUUAACACCCAAUGAGGUUUUCUCGUUAGACUUUUUGUAUCUCUUUUACAACAUCCGUUAGACUAUAUAACAUGACCUUUCAAACGUUUUAUGCUUGAAUUUCUUAUGAUUAUAGCUGUGAACCAUUUGACUAACCAAUGAGAUUCAUUUCUAGACAGUGUUAGUCUAUAGAAUAGAGAAGAAUAUAAAAUUUCUAGCCACAAAAUUGAGAGAGAGAGAAAAGAACGUCCGUAAAAAAUAUGGGUAUAUAUUUUUGAACGUUCAAUCACUGUACUAUCAUAAUUUCAUUAACAAAUUCCUCCAGUACAACCUUUAAAUUUCUGGAACAUUUGUAACUUCUGAAAGCCUGUACAGUGACUAACGGCAGAUACUCGAGAAUAUUACAGGUAACAAAUAACUUUGGUGAGCCGAGUCCACAUGUCUCUUUAUUUAUUUAUUUAGUGUGCAAAAGUACAAGGAGCAAUAAGACAAGUUAAAAUGGAACUUAAAGCUUUAUUAGGUGAUAAUCAAAAAACUCAAAAGGAGAAAGAUGAUUUAUAUGAUAAAUUGGUUGAUGAACUUGAAGAUUUAAGCAAUUUAUUAGGACGCCUUCAGCAGUUCUCGUAA